AUGGACGAGGAACAGAAACCGACCGCCGAGAACCACACGAUGAUGCAGGGCUUUGAGUGGUAUGUGCCCGCUGACCAGAAGCACUGGGUGCGACUGGAGAAGCAGAUCCCACAGCUCAAACGAUAUGGCAUUGAUAACAUCUGGAUCCCCCCAGCAUGCAAAGGCUCAUCCAAAACAGGAAAUGGUUAUGAUAUCUAUGAUCUCUACGACCUGGGCGAAUUCGAUCAGAAAGGCUCCGUCGGAACGAAAUGGGGAACCAAAGAAGAGCUUCUGAAGCUCGCCCACACCGCCAAGAGCAACGGCGUUGGCCUGUACUGGGACGCAGUCCUCAACCACAAGUUCGCGGCCGAUCGCAAGGAGAAGUGUCAGGCUGCCGAGGUGGACCCUGAAGACCGCACCAAGUUCGUCAGCGACAAGUACGAGAUCGAUGCCUGGGUCGGCUAUGACUUCCCCGGCCGCAAGGGCAAGUACAGCGACAUGAAGUACCACUGGUACCAUUUCAGCGGUGUCGACUAUAAUGCCAGGAACGAAAAGACUGCCAUCUACAAGAUCUUGGGUGAGAAGGGCGACCAGGAAUGGGCCGAGAGUGUCGACGAUGAAAAGGGCAACUACGACUUCUUGAUGGGUUCCGAUCUCGACUACGAUCAUCCCGAGGUCGUGAAAGAUGUGUUGAACUGGGGGAAAUGGCUGGCCAAUGAGGUGCCUCUCAAGGGAAUCCGGUUCGACGCAGUGAAGCACUACAGCGAGGACUUCUUGCGCCAAUUCAUCACCGAGCUGGACAAGGACUACGGCAAGGGGUGGUUCUUUGUGGGCGAAUUCUGGAAGGACAGCCUCGAUGACAUGUCCGAGUACCUGGCGCGGAUGGGCAGGCGCUUCACCCUCUUCGACGUUCCUCUUGUCUACAACUUCAGCAACAUCAGCCGAGGCGACGGCGCGGAUAUGAGAAAGGUUUUUGACGGGACUCUUGUACAGAAGGAGCCUAUGAACGCUGUGACUCUGGUCAUGAACCAUGAUAGCCAGCCAACUCAGUCUCUCGAGGUUCCAAUAGAGGGCUGGUUCAAGCCAAUCGCGUACGCUCUCAUUCUUCUUCGCGGCGAAGGAUACCCCUGUGUCUGGUAUGGCGAUAUCUACGGGGUCAAGGGAGAGCAGCCUUUCCCGCCGUCAUGUGGUGGCGCUCUGCACAAGAUUACACUCGCGAGAAAGCUGUAUGCAUACGGCAAGCAGGCCGACUACUUUGACUAUCCGACUUGUCUCGGCUGGGUCAAAUACGGCACCUGGGACCGACGCUUCGGCUGUGCUGUUGUGGCCAGCAACGCCGGCCCCGGGUCGAAGCGUAUGCAUGUCGGCGAGAUGCACGCCGGCGAGGUGUGGACCGAUGUCCUCGGCUGGAACGAUCGCGAGGUUACCAUUGGGGAUGACGGGUUUGGCGAGUUCGUGUGCUCCGGCACGUCCGUGAGCAUUUUCGUCAACCGGGAGGCGGAAGGCAGAGAUAAGUUCAACGAGGAAUUGUGGGUGCCGAUGCCUUUUAAACGUGCUUCCCCUCUAACGAUUCACAGCGAUUCCAACAUCUACGAGGAGUAG